AUGUUUCAUCACUAUUUGUCGUGGUCAAUUAUCCCCUCAAGAUUAUGCCCAUUAUUAAUUUUAGUAGUAUUAUUACUGCUACAAUGUACAAUUCCGUAUUCACUUGUCACAGCAUUACCUGAAGAAAAACAUCCUACUUAUUCAUAUACAUAUACUACUCAUUCACCCAAUGAAUUCAGUAGUACUGACACGUCAGGCAUUUAUCUAAACUGUCCACUGUUACACGCACAAAUCGGAGACAAAUUAGUAUUCUUUGAACACAACUCACCGAUACAUCAAGUUAUCUUAGACAAGAGUAACUUAAAGGCGAAUUAUGCAUUCGCAGUGUCAGAGUUUAAUAAAACUGCUGGGUAUAGAUGUGAAUUGCAUCGUUCAGUUGAAAAUGAUAUGCGUAUUAUUUCAAAAAUUCAAUUACUACUCACUUCAAAUAUCACAUACGAAAGCUUCGUCUACGAGCGCCAUCUAACUCAAGUUAUAGAAGGUACUCUUGGUGAACCAUUGACAGUGAUUUGUAAUUCAAAGACAUCUUCAAUCAAUCCAAAUGAUGAAAAUACUCUAUGGUAUAGACCACCGAAAUUACAGAUUACUGGACAAACCACUCCCCGUUUACAUUUCGAGAAGUUAACAGCAGACGAUUUGGGAACUUAUUUCUGUGCUGAUCAGUCAACAUCGUUACAACGUCAUUUACCAGUACAGAAAAUUGAAAUAUGGUCAAGUAAUUAUAUAUCAGACAUCAACGUUGGAAGUUUAGUCAAAGGAGUAAACGAUGAUCAUUACUAUCUCUGCUCAAGUUUACCUAAUGAUUAUACCUUAGUAACAUGGGAACAUCCUAUAGGCCAUGUGAUAGUGAAUGAAUUCACUGAAAAACUAUUCUUGUCGUCAGAAAAUCAAUUUCUCAAGAGUGCUUCACCUAUCUGUCAAUAUGGUUGGAUUGACACUACAAAUGAGACACUGGAUAAUCAAGUCUUUUUGAAACGAGUACGCAGACAAACUGAUGUAAUUCCGUAUAUUACAAUUUCAAGAAGAAUUGAUCCAGACGAUGUGACAGUUACUUUACAAUGUCAUAUGCCAACAACUGGAACUGAAGGUGUAUCUUAUAACUAUCAAUGGUCAACAGAAACUGAUGGGAAAAUUGGUGAUGGUGAUACAAUAGUACAUCAAAUAGUUGUUGAUCAUGUACCUGUUGAAGGUGUAAAAACUGACACAUCAAUCACAUGUGAAGUGAUCUCACCUGAAACUGAACAAGUAGUCGGUACAGUUAAAUUGGAUAUGGAGCCUAAACCACUUGGAACUACAGGGAAAAUGGAAUUAUCUGAAACUACAACAGAAAUUUAUAGCUACAGAGUUGGUGAAACAUUGGAGAUACACUGUGAACUUGAAAAAGAUUUCAGUGAAACUGGAUCCGAUGUUACUUGGACAUUUAAUGGUGGCACUCUACCGACUGGAACAAAUCGUGUUGAUAAAUUGAGAACGAGUAUAAUUGUUAUAAAGGAAUUACAGUCAAUACAUGAAGGUUAUUAUGAAUGUGAACAAAAGACAAAAAAACAAAGAGGUCAUAUAUUACAAGCUCCGACUGUUGUCACAAUCAAUGUUUUACCAGAAGAAGAUGAACGUUGGGCUAAUGCUGGUGAUAUCGCUGAAUUCCACUGUCGUCUAGAUGGAAGAGAACAAGGCAAUCAAUUGACAGAUUGGUAUUUUAUUCCAGAAGGUGGUGAUCGAGAGAUUGCUGUACCUGAUGAUGUUGGAAUUGAACGACCAGAAGCUACACCAUCGACAACAUUUUUAAGUAUAGUAAAUGUUCAAAAAUAUCAUGAAGGGGAGUAUGUUUGUAGAGCGUUGAAUUUAAAAGACUCUGCUAUAUUGAGAGUAAAAACAAGAGAUUUAACGGUAACCCCAGAAGAGGUUAAAGCACGUCCUGGAACCACUGUACAAUUUCUUUGUGAAUUAUCUACUGUCAAUGGAAUGAAAGGUGGCAAGGUCUACUGGAUGCGUACAGAUCGUCAAGGUCUACGUCCUGGUAAAGAAGAAGUCAUAGGAACAAAUGGUGGUAGAGCGCUAUUAAUUGUUAAAGAUGUUGGACGAUUUGAACAUAAUAUCACUUAUAUGUGUACAGAUGGGUUUAGCAAGGGUUAUGCAAAGUUAUAUGUACAAGAAGUUUGUGCACCAGGAUAUAGACCGUGUGGAGCCCAAGAGUGUAUCGAAGAGACAAAGUUUUGUGAUGGUGUUGUCGACUGUGCAGAUGGUUCUGAUGAAAUUCCUGCAAAAUGCGGUGAAUGUGGUGCAAAUGAGUUGACUUGUGGUAUGGUUGAUGAUGUGAAACCAUUGAAAAAUUGUUAUCUACAAUUUUGGCAUUGUGAUGGAGAAGAUGAUUGUGGAAAUAAUUUCGAUGAAUCCAACUGUUUGCCACCAAGUGAAUAUGACAAAUGCAAUGGCACACAUUAUACAUGUCCACGAGGGGAUAAGGUCAUAGCACGUGCAUUUAUGUGUGAUUCAGUGCCAGACUGUGAACCGGACGGUGACGAUGAAAAUGAAUGCAGUUAUCCAAGCAUCAUUGAACCAUCCGGUGAGACACAACUUAUUGGUCAUCAAAAUGGAAAUUUAACUUUAACUUGUGUAGCUUACGGACGUCCACCACCGACGAUCAGUUGGCGAUAUAAUUGGGGUCAUUUACGUGAAGGUGUUCCACAUUCAAUUAAUUAUACAGUUAUUAAUUGUAAUAUGGCUAUCAGCCAUUUGACGUUAACUGACUUGGAACCACGUGCAAGUGGUUUGUAUACAUGUGAAGCUGUUAAUCGAGGACGAGCACUGGCACCGGAUUUCUUAGUUAAUGUGGCAAAGGGUGGUAUUUGUAAAGCUCCACAAUUCAAUGAUGCUGCAUGGUUUGACGAUAUGUGCCUAUCGUGUUAUUGUUCAAAUGUGACAGAUAAGUGUGAAAGUGUAAAAGGCUAUCGAAAAUCUCCGCAUGAUAAAGCAUUCAAUUCGAAAAGUGGUCCAAUCAUUUUAACUACAUAUAAAGAUGAUGGUAGUGUUGAAGAAGGUCAAGGUGCUACUGAAGUCGAAGAAGACUUACUUCGUGUACCUGAUGUUCCAGAUGAAUCAACAUUUGCUGAAAGUGAUUUUGGUCUUCUAGGUUCAUGGGUUACUUCCUAUGGAUAUAAUAUCAAAUUGAAUAUUCGAUUAUUCGGAGAAAGUUCAAGUCAUCUGCGUGGACCAUAUCUCAUUUUACAUUCAUCCAAUCGUUCUCUGUAUUGGUGUCCACCUACAGACCGUCUCCUGGUGCAUAUUAUUCCAACAGGAUACGACAAUCGAGUGAAUAUACGACUUUCUGAACGUGAACGUUGGCAUAUUGAUAAGGAAUGUAAAGAACCAGUUGAUCAGACAAUUGGACGAGCUGGUUUUAUGCAAGUUUUAGGUGAUGUGAAAAAAGUUGGUCUACGUGUGAAAUAUUUCCGUGAUCAAAGUAGUCUGGAGUUGUACAAUUUACGUGUUGAACAUGCUGUUAAAUCGGAUGUACCAGGUCAAUGGGUUGGUGAGAUUGAACAGUGUACAUGUCCUUAUGGUUAUGAAGGCUUGUCAUGUGAGAAAUGUGCACCUGGAUAUCAAAAAGAUCCUGAGGAUCCAUUGAAAUGUCGACCAUUCUGUGCAUGUGAUAAAUGUGAUGCUGACGGGAAUUGUAUUAACUGCCCUGGAAAUCGUGCUGGGCCAAGAUGUCAACAGUGUAAAGAAGGCUUUUAUCGUCCAGAUAAAAAUCUGAUAACUAGUGACUGUCAACCAUGUGAUAUGUGUGGCAAUAAUUUACCAUACGUUGUUAAAGAAUGUCAUUUCAAUCCACAAACAGACGACGAUUAUUUCUGUAAAUGUAAAGUGAAUGAAGACGGGAAACUUAUUGACGCUAAAUGUGAUCGAUGUAAACUAGCUGUGGAUACAGGUGAUGAACCACCUGCGGAUGCUAAAUGUGAUACUAAACCUGAACCGAGUGAUUGUCACUAUCAUGGAACACAAUCUAUUACAGACAGUGGAGAAUGUCAGUGUAAAACGGGUUACUCAGGUGGAAAAUGUGAUGAAUGCACAGAAGGUUAUUUCAAUCAUGAAGGAAAAUGUUUACAGUGUUAUUGUUCUGGUAAAACAUCAUCUUGUCGUCUCUCCAAUGAACACUACUUCUGGAAUAUUACACCGGAGGAUUCAGCUGGAUUUGGUUUCAAUGUUUGGCUUGGUCAAAGAUUAUCAAUGGGUGGAGUAGAACGUGUUGAAAGAACUCCUGAUGGAAUUCCACGUAUUGAACGUGUAGAAGACAGUUUUUAUGUGAAACAUCCGCUUAGUAAUAAGGGAGUAAUUCAUUUUGGAAUUGAUUUAAUUUCUCCGAAACCAACUUCUCCAACACAAAAUGACGUAACUAUUUAUAAAUACUUGUAUGGAGGUCAAAUGUCGUUUAAAAUUGAUUCAAUUAAAACUGAUCCAAAGGAAUUAACUCAACGAGAAGCAAGUGUUAUAGUGGAACUUGAGUCACCACGAUAUGGACGUUCAUGGACUUUGGCAAUAUUCAAUCUAGAAAAACAACGUUAUGAAAUUGAAUUCAAUGAAAAUUGGUGGCCAGGAGGAUGGCGUUUAGGUACACCUUUAAAUCCAUUCGAUUCACAGACUAGUAUGACAAGAGAUCAAUUAUUGCGUGUAUUGACCACGACAACAAGUAUUGGUAUUAUAACAAGUAGUGGUGACAGUGAAUCAUUGAAUGGAAUGAAAUUAUCAGGAUUAUCUAUACAAGUUGCUCUACCAGUUAGAACAAAUGAACGUCAAUCAUUCGCCAGACAACAAGGUCUACCAUUAGCUCCAGUCGAAGUGUGUGAAUGUCCAAAUCCAAGUGGUCCAGAUGAACGUGAAUUAUCACCAAGUUGUGAAGGUUGUAAAGAUCUAUCAAAACAAACAAUAAUUCGUCUAGAACCCCUUGGUGAAGAUUUAACCUGUGGAGGCUGUUCGGGUGAACAAUGUGGAGAAUGCUCAGAAGGCGAAUACAAUUAUGACAUAUAUGGUGGAAAACGUUUGGAUGUAUGUCAGAAAGGUCUUACAAUCGAUACAAAAUCCCACCAGAUCAUUGUAAAGUUAGGAGAACCAAUUAAUCUUGUCUGUAAAGCUACAUCCUACCGUGGUGGUUUAGUGACACACGAGUGGAUUACUCCACAAAAAGAAUAUGCCAGUCAACCAAGUAUCACUCGAAAGUAUUUGGAGAAAUCUGAUCAAUAUGAGAAAGGAAAUAUGACAACUUAUCGUACAGAAGCAUUACUAGAAAUCAAGUCAGCUAAACCUGAAGAUGCUGGAGAAUAUGUGUGUGUUGCCAAAGGAAUUGGUUCACAGAUGAACGAAACAUUUUAUGUCAUAGUUCGUGAUCCAAGUUCAUCACCUCCUGAAGCACCUGAAGAUGAUGAAGUCAAUCGUAAAUUCCCCUUACCGACACCAUCAAUUUUAGAUACGCCUGAAAUGGCAGUUUAUGAAAUAAAACGAGAUCCAGAAAAUCCUCAAAUUACAUUGAUUUCUGGUCAAGUGAAGCCUGAUAUCCUAGAGGCAUAUCAUACCGUCUGGCAGUCAGUUAAUGGUACACCAUUCGACACAAAAACAGAGAUUACUGAUACUGCUCGUGGAGCUUUUACAGUUCGUCUUCCUAUACCAUAUGAAUCAGUAAACUAUGGAAAUGAAACAAUUAUUGGUUAUUUUGUCGGUAAAGAUCCUAUCUAUACACCAUAUUGGACAAGAAUGACAGAGCCGACUAUAGUCGACACAGAAGCUGGAGAAAUCUCCCCAGAUGACAUUCUCAAUCCUCCUGCUGAAGUAACUAUUCCCUUCAUGCAGCCGUAUACUAUCCGAGUGGGAACAAAACCAGGCAAAGAAGAUAUCAGCGUGAUUUGGAAAAAAGUUGGACCACUUCCUGAAACAGUAGUUACAGAAAAGAAACCUGAUGAAGAAGUAGAACCAAAAGAGAUUGAUAUCAGCCUGCCUGAAGGUAUUACACCAGGUAAAACAAAUCUUAAUAUUUGGGCUGCUGUUGAACAACAUGAAGGUGUUUAUGAAGGUACUGUUGUCCGUGAUCGUGAUGGUGUAGAAGUGAAACGUGUUCAGACAAUUAUCCGUGUUAAACCAAUGAGUCAAGGUGGUAAAACAGAAUUAGGUCUUGCUGAAGCAGCUGAAACUAUUGAAGAUGAUACUGAUGGUGAUGAUGAAGAGGCGAAAGAACUUCAAACAUGGGAUUUUACAGUUAGCGGUUUCACACCUGAAGCAAGACACUGUGAACAUCCUACUUGGACAGUGGUUGAUUAUCAAAUGAAUAAGACUAUUGAUGUAACAGAUAAAGUUGAUCGUACUUCAGCUACACACUUCAAGGUGAAUUAUCCCCUAACAAGUGGAUUAUAUCUUCGAUUUCAAUGUCAACCAAUACCGAAAAGUAAUCUGACUGGAGAGAUCAGAUUUAAUGUCUCCUCUCCUGAUCCACGUAUUAUACUAAAACCGUUUUAUGAUAAUCCUGAUUCUACAUUCCCAACAAGAUUAGUCUGUAUGGAUUUGAAUCCAGAAUAUGAUUCAUCAUUACGCAUAACAUCAUCUUCAAUGAGUCAAGAAAAAAUUUCCUAUGCAACUGUUCCAGCUGACAAAGUGAUCAAGAUAAGAAAAGGUGAUAUACCGGCUAGUCGUCGAUUAGAAAUUGAUUGGAGACGUAUCGGUGAAUUUGAUCCAUACAACGAUGCUGGUUAUUAUACGUGUUUUGUAAAUAACACUGAGACAAAUGGAUCAAGAACAAUUAAAAUCCCUGCUGAUAAAGUUCCUAUUCAGUUACCUGAAGAUCCAUUUACACGACUGUAUAUCUAUUCACCGGAUACUUAUGUUGUUCCUGAAGCUGAUGGUACAGGAGCUAAAGUAAUGAUUCCAGAAGGUGAAAUGCUAAGGAUUUAUUGUGUACUCGAAGCUAGACCAUCCGAAGAAUUUACUGGUUGGCAUCAUACAAAUCCUGAAAUUGAAGACAUCUUAAAAAUUGAUCAUAAAUCGUAUUCAUCAUUAGCUAAAACAGAGAAAGCUGAUUUAAUCUUAGAUGGACAAAAAAUUGAAUGUACACUUGGUCAAAGAAGUAAAGUAGUAGAAUUAUCUGUCAUACCAAAAGAUGAACGAAGAAUUCAUGCAAAAAUCCUGAGUGAUGCAUUCGUCAAUGAUCGUUUAAUUGGUAUUACGGGAGGGGAUUUGAAUCUGACAUGUGAUGUUAAACAUGUUGGUCGAAAACCUGCUGCUAUAGAUCGAAUCGAUUGGUAUGUCCAAUAUCCUAAUGGAAUACGACGUGAGAUUAAACGAACAAAACUAGCCGAGAGUAUAACAACUAGUCCACAGGGUGAUUGGAUUUAUUUUGUUCUGCUGUCGGAUAAACCACAAGGAGUCAACGUAUUUUGUGUUGUCCGCCUAGAAGAUAUUCAAAAGGCCACCCAAGCUUAUUAUUCAUCACCACAAGUUAGUCUUUGGAUACGUGAACCAAAAUUGUUAGUCUAUAUUGAUGGGGAAGAUCGACCUGGUAUUGUCUCUGGUGCUGAAACACAAACGCUAAAGAUUAAGUGUAUUGUGAAAGAUGCUUGGCGUAAUAAAACUAUCGAUGAUGCUGAAAUUGAUUGGGAAACAAAGGUGACAUCAAUUCAAGAAGAAAUGUCAGACAAUAAUGAACGUGCUAGACCCCAAGCAUCACCAAGAGAUUAUCCAAUGUUAGGCGCUAAAGCAUUAUAUGAUCAAAUGAUAAUAGCUGGUAUACGACGUCAACCAAAUUGGGUUGCAAGAUUCAGAUGUAAAGGAACAGAUUUAAAAACUGGUGCAAGUGAAUAUUCAGAUUAUGUGAAAUUAGAAGUUUUAGCUGGUGAUACAUUGGAACAAAUCCCUAAAAUUCGAAUAGUAUCCCAUACUGAUUCAAGUUCACCGUAUCCAAACAAAGUUGAGUGUAUUGAUGACAAUCAAAAUCAUGAAUCGCAGGUCACUUGGACACGUCAAGAUGAAUCAAUUGAUCAGGAACAGAUAACAACCGCGCCUAAUUCAGCUGUACUGAAAUGGACAUAUAAUGGUGUGGAUAAAUUCGAUCCAAGAAUUCAUGCCGGCAUUUAUACAUGUAGAGCUGUUAAUCCGUAUUCAUCAUCUGUGAAACAAGUGUACAUUCCGUAUGAUUUAAUGCCUACAGAUUUUGAGACACCAAUUAUUCCUGAAGUACGUAUCUUCUCAAAUGUAAAUGAAAUAUUCCAAGAUGCUGAGGAUCGAUAUGUUCGUGUUAUUCAAGGUCAACCAUUUGAACUGAUUUGUACCUUUUAUGGACAUCCUCCACCAGAAGGUGGUCUCCAAUGGUCUAUUGACAGAUUCAAUGGUACACGUAGUUCCUUAAGUUCACAUUGGUUAUCAAUGCAGGGCUUGACAAUUCAUUCUGGUCGUCAUUAUUGGACACAGAUUGGUUCACAGCAAUUUGAUGCACAAGGUAGACAUACAGGUGUAUUUCAGUGUACAGCAAUGAAUGCUAUCGGUCAGAUGAUUGAAAGAGAUCAAGUCAGAGUUGAACUUCAUAAAGUUUAUGUACGUAUUAAUGAAUUGAGUGAAUCUGGUCUAAUCGAAAACCAGAAAGGUCAAAAUGGUACAAUUACAUGUAAUGCCUAUGAUGGUUACCUACAAUUCAUUCUACCUGAUGCCACCUACUCCUGGGAGGUGGAACGUAUCAAUGGUGAACGUGUCCAUCCAAAUCUAAUCGCCGAUCAAGUAGAAAUUGACAAUAAUCAACUACGUUAUUAUGGUUUGUCGUCUGCAGCAAACAAUCUACGGAUACGUUGUAUCUCGCUGAAUGAUACAGCACGUUAUAUAUCCUCGGAUUUCAGUUUUCGUGUAUACGGUGAAAAAGGUGAACCGAUUAAAACGUCUGAUCUAGAACCUGGUGGAACACGAUGGAUAAGUGGAGAUGGUGAAGAAAGAAUCACUUUAAGAAUUGGCGGUAAAAAUGAUCUGACCAAUCAUGUGACGAUUAAAGAAGGUGAAAAUGUUCAACUGAAUUGCACUGCUCAUGAUACUGUAACCGGAAGACUUUUAACCGAUGGGGAUCUUCACUUCGGUUGGCGAUUACUUGGUGCAUAUGAAGAAACUGUUCCUGAGUCUAGUUUAGCUAGACAAUCAGUACAAUCGUAUAUAACAGAUAAUGGCAAUACUGGUGUAUUUAUUGUACAAGAUGCUCGUCCAUCGCCAAAUCUACCUCAACCGACGGCACGUAUCCAAUGUUUGGCUACUUCCUACACAGAAGGUUUUACCUAUUACAGUUCACUUGUCGACUUCAUUGUUUAUCCAGAUGAGCUACCAGUAGAUCAUGUGAAAGAUGUUAAAGAUAGAGAAAAAUUAAAUCGUCUCACUGUUAAUGUUAUUGGUUUGGAUAAUCGUGGAAAACUGGCUGGAACUGAAGGUUCCUCAGUUAACUUAGAAUGUAUUGCUAAAGAUCGUUCAACUAAACAGCCUACCAAAGAGUCAGUACAUUAUGGAUGGGAAUUUAGUCGAUUAGACGGAACUCCAGUUGAUACAACUGCAUUGAUUGGUUCAGGUGAAAGUAAACUAGAAAUGAAUGAAAAUCGUUUAAAACUUCAAGGAUUAAAACAAACAACAUCAAUUCGUGGUCGAUGUCGUGUAUCAAUACCACCAGAAGAGGUAACCGACGAGACACAAGCGCCGUCAACUGAAGAAGUAUUCUAUUCACCAUACUUUAGAUUCGAUGUAACUGAUGCGACUGGAAGUGGACGUAGAGAUUUUACUCCACCAGUACAGCCAAUUAUUACCACAAAGGACAGUGACAUAUUUGUAAAAGUUGAAGGAUUGGAUGAGAAUGGAGCUCUGACUGCUGAUAAAGGAGAAGAUGUUGAAUUGAAAUGCGUUGCAAUCAAUCAAACUACGAAUGAACCGAUAACUGAAGAUGCUUCACAAAAUCUUGAUGUAAACUAUGGAUUGGAAGUGAUACGUCUCAGUGGAUUACCAGCUGCGUAUUCAGAACUCGCUCAGUCAAUCAGUGUACAACCUGACAGCGGUGAAUUCAAACUAAGCGGACUACGUAGUCAGUCAGAUAUUAAAGAUAUUAGAAAGCGUAUACAAGGCAGAUGUAUAGCUGAAAUCAUACAGAAGUCAGAUGAAUAUUCUGACCAGCCUAUAAAACGUUAUGCCAGCCCAUAUUUCUUAGUCAAUGUUCCAAAAGAUUUGGAGGCAUUACCAGAUUAUGUGGAUGUAUCACGUUCAAGGUAUGAAGUAACUGUUGGCGGAUUGAAUGAAUAUGGUGUCUUGAAAGUACAACCAGGACAAAAUAUUCAACUGAAGUGCAUUAUUCGAGACAAAGAAACUGAUACUCUAAUGGAUAAUUUAACACCAAAUCAAUUCAUUGGUUGGCAAUUCCCUGCCUUACCAAGUGGUUAUCAAGUAAAUAUGGGAGAUUUUGCUAGACAAGAUAUACGCAGUGAUUUUGCUGAUAAUCUACAAGGUCGAUGUUGGUUUGACGAUGGUUUCAUGUAUUACUAUUCAUCUUUCUUCCCAGUGAUUUCACCGAAAUCUACUACUGAUGGUCGUGUUCGAGUGGAAGUCAGUCAAAUUGGAACGAUGGAUGAUAGACAAUAUAUAUGUACAGCAUAUGAUUCAAGAAGUGGUCAACGUUUACAAAAUGUUAUUUAUGAUUGGAAGUUUACAACACCGAAUGGUGAUGUGAUUCCACCAGUUUAUUAUUUCAAUUCACUUGAAAGUCAAGGGAAUAAACUUAUUCUAGGCAGUGUAAACACUCAUCGAAAGUUGCCGGAACAUUUAAGUCAUGCUCAACGUAUUGAAGGACGUUGCGUUGUUUUAGCCUAUGAAUAUGUAUCUGAUGAUAUGAAAAAACCGGGUAGAAUGAAUACUUACCAAUCAAGACCAUUUAUUGUUAUCAAUCCGUCAGCUGUUGAUCCCAAUGAACUUUUAACAUCACCGGAUCAAUACAUUGAAGAUCAACGUCUAUAUGUUACUGUCGACGGAUUGACGAAUGGUGGUGUUAUUGGCCCAGCGGGUUCAACUGUCACUCUGACAUGUAACGCUUAUGAUUCUUCAGAUCAUUCACCAGUGGAAGGUUUGAAAUACUAUUGGGAAAUCAAACGACGUGAUGGUACCCCGGUUGACACAGCCAUUCUGGCUAGAGAUUAUGUCAAUAUCAACGGUCCAGGUGGAAAUACCUUGAUUCUAGGAAAUCUACGUUCACUGUCAUCAGGUGUUACAGGAAGAUGUAUUGUUGUGAAUGAAACUACUCCAGAUCCAGCUAUAUCUGAUGCUGGACUAUUACGUUCCGGGGAGAGGAUUUUCUCACCAACUUUUGAUUUUAUUAUUACGGGUGAAGCACCAUCUUCUGCAACUGAUGAUGUUCUCUAUGGUGGAAAUAAAGAUUAUGAGAUAGAUGGAAAAGAUUAUGAAGUUGUAAUAGAUGGUUUAGAUGAAGAUGGACGAUUGAAAGUGGCCAAGGGUGAUAAUAAAACGUUCACUGUUUUCCUACGUCAUAAAGAAACUGGUGAAGAGAUCUAUCCAGGUCCACCGAAUACCUAUGCUGGGAUUGAAACACGUUAUAUCAACGGGUAUCCAUCUUCUCUGUCAAUGCUAGCCAAUGCAAUUGAAUUCCAAUCAGAUAGUGGGAAGUUUAAUUUAUACAAUAUGAAAGAACCGAGUACUUCACCGCCAGUACAAAUGCGUUUUGUUAUUGAACGUAAAGAAUUAGAUGAAGAUGGUAAACCAAAAGAUAUUAUACGUUAUGCAUCACAGUAUAUUGAUUUAAUUCCAGCAGAAGGAGAUGUAAUAGCCGGCGGACAAUUAGUUGAAAAGAUUCACCCGAUUAUUGAUGGUCUGAACAGUUGUGGUCGACUGCCAUUAGUCGUUGGAAAUAAUGUUACUCUGAUUUGUCGUCCAAACGACACUCGUCUACUAUCCGAAUCGUUAAUAUAUGAUUGGGAAAUAAGAGAUUUAUAUGGACAAAUAUUACCACGUACAAAUUUACUAGCGAAAUCAAUUAAACAGGAGAAUAAUCGUUUAAUUCUAAUUGAUAUGAUUGAGCCAAAUAUUCGGUCGUUUGGUCGAUGUAUCAUAAUGCGUACAUCAGGUGUACAAGAUAGGCAUAAUUCAGAAUUCUUUGAAUUUGGAGAACAUGGAGAAGGUUGUGCACCAAGUGAAGCACAAGUUGUUACUGAUAUACCUGGAUAUGUCCCGAAACCAGAUGAACGUUAUGAUGUUCUGAUUCAAAUUCAAGGCUUAAAUAAAAUGGGUGAAGUUGUCGCUAAACCUGGUGAUGAUAUAUCACUUAAAUGUUUAGCAUUAAAUACUACUACCAAAGAAGAAAUACCGAAUAUUUCUACUGGUUGGAGUUUUAUAAAUGAUUAUGGUGAAGUAUUACCGAUUGGUAAAUUAGCUGCUAAUGUUAAACUGAGUCAAGAUGAUGAAUUACAAUUGAAAAAUUUAUAUGAAAAUCCUAAUUCCCGUGGUCGUUGUAUGAUUACAAUAGAUCAAAAGGUCACUCUAAGUUCAUUGUAUUUUAAAUUCCAUGUACCCGGAGAAACUGAAACACCUCAUGUACCAAUCAGUCCAUCCUAUUCAGACAGACGAGUUCGUGUUGAAAUCAGUGGAUUGAAUAAACAAAAUCAGAUAAGUGUAACACGUGUUGGCGAUGAUGCAACAUUACGCUGUCAGGCAAUUGUAGUCGACACCAGUUCACCGUUAUAUCCUGCUAAUGGUGUACGUUACGGUUGGGAAUGGCGAUAUACUGAUGAAGAUCCCGUACCAACGAGUAAUAUAGCAGUUAAUUUGGAAGCGAAUGGAGAACGUUUAGGCUUGCGGGGUAUUCGGCCACCACCUGGUACUAAAGGUAGAAAUAUUAAAGGCAGGUGUAUAGUACAUGUACCAGGACAACAAGUUGACUCGUCGCUAUCACCUGAUGAUGUAUUAGUUUAUGGAUCAGAUUACUUUACAAUAGAUGUUGCAAGGAAACCGACUACAAUUGAUCCACAGUUAAUUCCAAUUCCAGGAAAAGAAUCAGAUAAUAUUGAAAUUGUAGUCGAUGGAUUGGACAAUGAAGGUUAUCUUGUUGCAAAUGAAAAAGACAGCGCCAGCGUAUUCUGUGAAGCUAGAAAUCGUACCACAAAACAAAGACUGUCUACAGAAGGUUUAAGAGCUGAAUAUGAUGUUAUGUAUGGAUGGGAAUUUGCUGAUGCUACUGGCCGAUCAAUUGACUCUAGUUUAUUCGCUGAUAGUGUAUCCAUCGAUUCAACUGGCAGUCUACGUUUAAGAGAUUUAGUAGCACCGAAUCGUGGAAAUUUACCCUAUAAAAUACGUUGUGUUGCUGUAGUCAGUAAACGUCCAAGUACACCGGAAGAGAAACCUGGUCCAUCAAAAUCAUAUAAAUCUGAUUACUUUGGAUUAGAUAUUAAACGGCCGGAUGGUACAUCGACGAGAAUUAUUGGUGGUAAAGUUGACAUUGCUGGAAACUUAGUCAAAGUGAAGAUUGAAGGUUUAAAACCCGAUGGGACAUUUACAACACAACUUGGUGGAAAUGCUACUAUUAAAUGUCUUGCUAUUGAUUCAGAAACCAAUGAACCAAUUGAAGAUGUAGCUGUUGGCUGGGAUAUUCGACGAUCGAAUGGAGCUAUUGUGAAUAUGGGUAUUUUAGCAGAUCAAGUUAUACAAGAGAUGAAUAAACUUGAUUUCUAUUCAAUGAAACCGUUGAAUUCAUUCACUGAUGAUAUACAAGGAAGAUGUUUAGUUUAUCGAGGGAAUCAGAUAUAUCGAUCGGAUUAUUUUAAAGUUAAAGUUUCUACUACACCUAAAGAGACAGAGAUUGAAGGUGAUGGUCGAAUUGUCGUACGUUUAGUCAAUAUCCCGCUUACAGAUCGCAGAAUUAUUUUGGAACCAGGUGAAAUAGAGUCAAUCCAAUGUGUUGGAACAGAUGCUCAAACUGGUGAGGAAUUAACUUAUCUAACCUAUGGUUGGGAUUAUUACUAUACCAUGCCUGAAAGCUCACUGCCUAUUCAAGGUUCCCUCGGUCCUAUGGUGAAGAGAGUUGAAGAAUCCCCAUCAGGUUAUUUGUAUAUUACACCAAGUAGUGAAUUAAAUGACAAAGGCGAAGCUUAUCUACGAUGUCGUCUAUCGAAUGGAACAGCUGUCUACUCAUCACCAUACUAUCGAUUGGUUUCAGAAGCUGAUGCUGAAGCAGGCGAAGUUAUUCCAGUAACUCCUGCUGCAAGAUAUCUUAUCACUGUGCACGGUUUGAAUGAUGAUGGAAACCUGUUGAUCAAGCCAGAGGAUAAGGUUUCCUUAGAAUGCAGUGCUAUUGAUACAACAACACGUCAGCCAGCUGAGAAUGUUUUAUACGUCUGGGAAUUCCAAGCAGCUAAUGGUCAUCCACCGAAAGGUGAUUUCCAAUUCUCUGAGAAUCAAGUUUCAAUCGAUAAUUUGGACACGACAAGUGGGACUAUUAAAGGUCGAUGUAAAGUCUCCUACAGAGGAUCAAAUAAAUGGGAUAGUUCACCUGAUUUCAUUAUCCACUUGGAAAGACAUCCUGAUGAAGCAGAAAUUAUUCCACCAAUAAUCGAUAAAGAUGUUGAUGACGAAAAGCGAAAAGAGUAUGAAGAAGCUGUCAGACAAAAAGGAGUUAAAGAAGCUGAUGAUGAUCGCGUUGUUGUCACUGUGGACGGAUUGAACGAUGCGGGGCAUCUGGUUGAAGCUGGUGGUGCUGAAAAGACACUAGAUUGUAAUGCGGAAGUUCAAGAAGGCGUAAAUUCUGAAAUACUCGCUUAUAGUUGGGAAUUAAUGGAUGCCUAUGGAAAUCCUGUUUCCCUAAGUAUUUUAGCCGAUAAUGUCGUGAUAACAAGCAGCGAUGGAGUAUUAAAGCUAAACGGAUUACGUGUUAGUGAGUUAUCUCAACGUGGUGACUUGAAAGGACGAUGUACUGUUAAAGUGAAGAUAACAAAAUCAAUUGAAAUGCCAGAUGGUACACAGAAAGAGAAAACUGAACAACUGAUUUAUAAGUCAAAUAUGUUUGGUGUAGCAAUUACAGAAAGUGGUGAUUAUACUGGAACUAUCGGUGGACAAGACAUUAAAGGAAGUUCUGUCUACGUUAAGGUGAUUGGUUUAAGUCCGCAACAUAGUUUAGUUGCAGAGUCUGGAGAUAAAAUCAAUCUUCAAUGUUUUGCACUAGAUGAAAUGAGUAAAGAACCAAUAUCAGAUGCAGUCUACGCUUGGGAGAUACGUGAUCGUAAUGGUCAUUUAGUGAUGACCGAGAGUGUGGCUAAAACUGUUCUCCGUUCAGACAAUGUCAUCAGCUUUAUUCAUCUUCGUCCAACUAAUGAUUUGAGCUGGAGUCGAAAUAUAUUUGGACGUUGUUCAGCUUUUAUUCCAAAAACUAAACAUAUCUAUUAUUCACACUACUUCCAUAUUGAUGUCCGUCAACCGUUAAUUAAUGGAAAAACUGGACCGGAUGACGAAAUUCAAGUUGAAGUCAAAGGAGUUCCACCAAAUGGUGUAUUGGAGGGUGAAGAAGGCGAUACAGUUGAUUUAGAGUGCCGUGCCGUUAAUACAAGUGAUAACCAACCAAUCUCUUCAAAAGAAGCCAUUUAUCACUUCCAAUUCGAUGAAGCAGCACCAGACCGUGAUGACACCUACGGUGGAUAUUUAGCUGAUGAAGUGAUACAAGAAAAGCUGCCCGAAGACGAUGGAAUCAAGUUAUCAUUGAAUGGUUUAAAGGCGAAUAAAUGGCAUAGAGGUCGAUGUGUUAUCACUCUGCUACCAAAAGAUGAUGUUAAUAAGACGAUGAAAGAAGCAACUAAACGUUAUACAUCAAAGUAUUUCUGGUCAGAUAUUAGACAUAAAGGUGAAGUAAAAAUUGAAGGAUUCGAUCCAAAGAAACAGAUAGUAACGAUUUCUGGUAUUACCUACGAUCCUAAUGUUCUUGUCAAAGUUCAUGGGACAAAUCCAAACGAUACUAUAACAUUGAAACCUGGAGCUAAUGUCGAACUGAAUUGUUUUGCACUUGAAACUACAACUGGUGAACCAAUUAAAGGAAUGAAUUAUGCCUGGGAAUUCCGCACCUAUGAUAAUCAACCAAUCCAUACAAAUAGAUUAGCUGAUCAAAUAUUAUCUGGUACAGAUGUAUCAGAGAAUGGACAAAAGAUUCAUGUCGAAGGUUACCGGUCAACUGGUGAAGGCAUACGAAUAAGGUGUUUAGCUAAAGGAACUGAUAAAGUUGUGAAUACUAUUCGUAAAGGUCAGGUGUAUGCUUCACCAAUUUAUACAUUUGAAACAAUUAAGGGAGUGGAUGAAGUUAAAACAGACUUGGAAGGUGAAAGAAGACGUUAUGAACCCAGUGAUCUACAUCCUGAAGUAAUUGGCUUAAAUGCAGACGGUACAUUGACGGCUAAGGAAGGUGAAGACGUUAAACUUCAAUGCCAAGUUAUUGAUUCAUCAACUGGUGUUCCAAUAGAAGAUGAAAAAUUCAAUGUUGGUUGGACAAUAGCCUCUGGACCAGAUGGACAACCGAUCCAGUUGAAAGAUUUAGCUGAAACAGUCACAUUUAAUCAUGGUGAAAUGACAUUGAAGGGUUUGAAUCCAACUAAGCCGAAAUCUGGUGGUUUAAGAGGUUAUUGUACCCUCUACUUAGAUGAACAAAAUCUUUUAACACCAAGCAAGUAUGAAAAUCAAACAGUUGUAUUGAAUUCUAAUGUAUUUGUUAUACAUGUGGAUGCAAAACACCCGGAGAGUCAAAUUCAACCGGAUAAAGCUGAAGAACAGACACCAUUCACACAAUGGAUACCAGGAAAAGAUCCCAGAGAUGCCGUAAUCGUAAAAGUAAGCGAACUACAACCUGAUGGAACUGUCAGUGUGCCUCCAGGUGGCAAUCUCAAACUCAACUGUAUUGCUUUAGAUGCUGUUAGUCUAAGACGUCUCACGCCGACUGAUCGUCAACCGCCACUUUUCACAUGGGAGUUGCGACCAACUAUGGGUGGACAACUUUUACCUUAUACUGAACAAUCCAAUGGGCCAAUCAUAAUUAAACAACCAACCAGGGAUCCUCAAACAGCUGAAGAUGCCGGUGUUAGUACACUGGAGUUGCAGACAAUUCGACUUCCUCCUGAUGCACCAUCUGGUGCAUGGGGUCGAUGUGUUGUAAAUCUAGGCCAUCAAGUAUUCACUUCACCAUAUUUCCAUAUACAAAUACAAAAAGAGACAACAAUGGAAACGUAUUCACCCCUACCAAAAUCACAUUGGAGUGAUGACAAGAAGAUAGAAUUGAUCGUUAAGGGUCUAGAUCCAGACGGAAAUAAAAUAGUUCAAGAAGGUUCAGAUAUUGAAUUGACAUGUGAAGCAAGAAAUACAAAAACUCAAGAAAUUUUGAAAGACGAUAAAAUCCUACUUGGUUGGCAAUUCCUUGAUCCUGAAAAACAUGCCUAUUUAACACCAUGGGUGAGUAAUGGUCAAUUUAGUGGGAACAGCUUGAAACUAAAAGAAAUUGAACUACCUGGUGAACAAGAUAAUCGUUGGGAUGUUUGGGGUUAUUGUGUUGGUGAUGUUAGAGAUGGAGAUCGUAUAAAACACUAUCAGUCGGAUCCAUUCAAUUUAGUUGUGACAGCUGGAGAACCAGUUAGUGAACCUAAAGAAAUACCAUCAGCAGUCAAAGAUGGUGUCUUUGUUAAAGUUCAAGGAAUUACAGACGAUAGAUUAUUUGUUGCAACAGAAGGUAGUGAUUCAGAGUUAACGUGUCAUGCUAUUGACUUCAACACUGGUCAAGAAUAUGUCGGCAGUAAAGUCACUUAUGGAUGGGAUUGGCGUCAAAUGGAUGGGGAACCAGCAGAUAUCAGUGAACUAGUUGAUGUUUUAGAAACUGAUGAAAAUAAAAUCAAGCUAUCAAAUAUCAAGUCUGUUUCACCCAAGAAAGGUCGAUGCCUGGUAACUGUAUGGCCUGAAGACGGUGCUACUGAUCAACAACCAAAACAAUAUGCUUCUGAAUUCUUCUUUACAAGUAUACAACCAUUAGAUGCAACAGAGAAACUAAAACCUGAGGAGAUUAUUCCAUUUGAUGCUGUAGGUGAUAAAGUGAUAUUCGAGAUAACUCCGAUGGACGAUAAAAAACAGAUCAGCUUGACAGCGGAUAAGAAAAUUGAUGAGGUGUCUGUUGUAGCAAAAUUAGCCUCAACCAAUACACCAUUAGAUGACACAACAAAUCCACAACUUCUACAUUAUUCCUACGAUUUAGCCUAUAUUAAUGGAUUACCAGCGCAUACUGGUGAACUUGGCGAGUCAGUUGUCUUCAAUACAAAAGAUGGAAAGUUAUCAAUAACUAAUCCACACUAUACAACAAAACCGCUGAAAAUACGUUUUAAUGCGAUAGUAAAAGAAACUGAAGAAGCUGAUGAUGUGCCUACUAGUGAUAAAUUACCACAACUGAAAAGAUAUCGAUCGGAUUAUUAUCCGAUAAAUAUUCAGCCGGUAGAUGGAAGUGAGAAACCAUCUUGGUCCGCACAACCUGUACCAGUAUAUGACAUAAGCGGUCGAUCGAAUAAAGUUGAAAUUGAAGGAUUAGAUGAAAAUGGUAAUGCAGCUGGAAUACCAGGAGAAGAUAUGACACUGACCUGUGUAGUUUUAGAUGAUCUUGAUUUAGAAGUUGAUUUGAAGAGUACAAGUUACACUUGGCAGUUUAUUGAUGCUGAAGGUAAUCCAGUCAAUCCAAGUCGUAUUGGUGAACAAGUUGAAAUUAAAGAUGGCAAAUAUUUAAAUAUUAAAGGAUAUCGUAAAACAAUUGUACAAGAUUAUAUUCGUGGCCGUUGUGUUAUCAUGGUGACAGUACCAUUACCGAUUGAUGCUGAAGUCAGAGAAGAUCUACCGCCGAUUCAAGAGUAUGGAUCAUCUUACUUUAGAUUUACUAAAAAAGUGAUCACUGAUCAAGGUGAAACAACAGAAACUGCAGAAACUGCAGAAGAAAGCGAAAGAUUUGAAGAAACAACGACACCAAUGUCUGAAGUAACAGAAGGUGUUCAAGAUCUUAAUUUCUACUUAAAGAUUGGCUCAUCAACAAAUGAUAUCUAUCCAGUGGAGAAAUCAAAGCAAACUCUUCUAGCACGUGUUCAAAGACCACUAGAGCUCAGUUGUGAAGCUGUUUUCUCAGAGACCCCGUCAGAAAGUGGUAACCAGCUCCCGAAACUUGUUUGGUACUACAGACAACCAGAGAUUCCAGGUGAUGUACCCAUACCAUCACAAUUAUUGCCAAUAAGUCCACCACGCAUGGAAACAUUGUCUAUACUACCACAAGAUGACUACAAAAUUUCUCUUUCAUCGGAUGCCUACACCUUCAGAGAUGAUAAUGCUGAAUUCCAAUGUCAAGCGUUUAUGGAGGAUGAAAAACCUGUUGCGACAGAAGUCAUUUUCAUACAGAAAGUUCGUGAAGUAUUCGAUGUUCGCAUAUUCGAUGAAGAAUCACGUAGUAGACUUUAUGCGUUUACUGGUACCUCAAAAACAUUGACUUGUUUCGUGGAUGAUCUUACUACUGGUGAACGUGUAGAACCAUCAGGUUAUCAAUGGGAAAUGAAUUUAGGCGAUGGUACAGGUAUAUGGAUACGUGAAACAGAUCCAAGACAAGGUGCUGUAGAAAUCUCCGGUUGGAGAUCAAAUCAAUUAUAUUUGAAUGAUCUUCGUUUACCGAGUACAUCAAUAUCAGAUGAAGCUGUUUAUGAAGUAAGAUGUGUGGCAUCCUACAACAACACCUAUAAUACAUCAUCUCAUCCAUUCAUUAUAAAUGUUAGAAAUCAGCCUACAAUUAAAUCAAUACGCAUUGAUCGUGUGAAACCAGAUGAAGCAGUUUUAGAACCAGUUGAUCUACCGAAAGAUUCAUAUGAUGCUACACAAGAUUAUGAAAUUGGAUGUAAACCAGAAGUGACUUCAGGUGAAGCUGUAGCUACAUGGUUGAAGUGUUCUGAUGAUGAGUGUACUUCAACUAAAGAAAUUGUACUGACUGGUGACAGAUUAUUCUUCUUUGCCAAUUCAACAAGAUAUGUUGAUGAAGGACGUUUCCGUUGUCAAGUUAGUUUACAACUGAAAGAAUACAAUUUCAAACUUGUUGAACAUCAAGAUGUUAUAAUAAAGCGUCAAGCUGUUCCAGCAAUCUUUAGCAGUGGAUCAAUCACAUAUACAACUAAUGAUGAAAUGUCCUUACAAUGUACGGAUGAAUCAUCUUCACCUGAAUCAAGAGUGGAGUGGAUGUUUGAACCUGCUGGAAAACCACCACCAGAGCGUAGAUUACCAAAAGUUAUUGGAAAUACUUAUGCCUAUGGAAGGAUUUAUAUAUUUGCGAUUGCAAGAGGUCAACUUAUCCCUGAACAUUCUGGAAAGUACACGUGUAUAGCAACUAAUCCUUAUGGAACAGCUAAUAGUUCUAUUACUGUAACAGUAACUGAGGAUCUUUCUCGUGGAAAACUUCGAUUUGUUCGAAGAAUCAUUCGUCGUGCCAUUGCUACAUAGAUGAAGCACGCAACAAGCACCACCAAAUUUUUGCUUAGUAAUAACUAAAGACGCUAAAGUUAGAUAGAAGGACUGUUACACUACUACUACUACUACUACUACUAUUAUCUAUAUCAUUAUCAGUACUAUAUAUCUCUCAAUUAUAACAAUGUUUUUAUCUAUUUAUGUACUGGGUUUUUAUUCCUUUGCAUUUUGCUGAUGCAUAUACACACAAGCGCCUUCACUUGUUUAAGUGUCGUUUUCGUGUUGUUAUUCUCUGUGUCUAUCUAUUAAAUGCUUCUAAUUGUUUUCGGCUAGCUAAAGACUAUUAUUACUGCUGUUAUUAUUAUUAUUA